AUGGACACGAAGCAGUUCAUCGAGUUUAUUCAAAACGUUAGCGAUCGGGGCUUUGCCGAAGCAGAGGUCACAUUCACCGUCGAAGAUGUGUAUAAGACGCUAGAUGAAAACCCGCAUAAGGCCAGGGAGAAAUCCAAGGCUCUUCAAGUUCAAAGGCAAGGCAGAGGAGGGAAGCGACGAACAAGUCGCUCUCAUGACUUCAUCUGGCAGAACCUUGGACCAUGGGCAGCGCAAUCUCAAUCAUCCAUUGCCAUCAUUGAAGGCCCACAGCAUUACAGAGGCUGGGUUGAAGAAAUUGCGAUUGAAACAACAGAGCUGGUCGAGAGGCAAUUGAUACCGGUGGCAUGGUCGCUCAACGUCCUUCCAGAGCCGGGUGACGGCGAAAACCCAAGACGGUACACUGCACAGGAUAUUGUUGCUCAGUUCUGUCUGCAAUUUGUCAGACAGAACCCGAGGAGGAACACACAGCCUAUGCUUGAGAAAUGUCUGGCAAUGAGUAAGGCAGCAAGCACUGAACUUGAGUGGUUUGGGGUUCUCGCCUGGUGUAUUGACGGGCUGGAUGAAACCUAUAUUAUCCUCGACGUUGACGCUAUGGACAAGAGCGAAUCCAGAGCUGUCUCAUGGCCAGCAUUAUUUGAAUCGAUGUCGAAAGAUCUUGCUACGAGUACGGUGUGCUGCAUCGUCAGAGUAAUCCUUCUCACCUGCACCAUAGAUCAUUCAUUUGGAGAUUUAGUAAGAACAAAAAUUAUCCAGCUUCCACGAGGUAACAUAGCAACUUUCCGCGGAGUCCAAAAAAAUUGUCGUCUGCCUUUUAAACCAAACUGCACCGAACGUUCUGCGAAUGCAUGGCUACAACAUGUCAGGAGGUCAAGGGUACAGGAAUUACAGUCUUCCGGUAGAACUGAGAGUAGCGAGGCCAGCGGAGACACACUGGAUAUGAGAAGAACGGACGAAACCAUGUCAGCACCAAUGGACCUCUGUCCCCCCGUAUCAAGUUCGCUUCUUCGUCCGGCCAGCCGCUCCGCAUUCAAGGUAGCCAUCAUCUGUGCUCUCCCCUUCGAGGCAGAUGCUAUUCGGGCCCUCUUCGACUGCGACUGGGACGAGGAAGGGACUGUAUACGACAAAGCAGUGGGCGACCCAAAUGCCUACUCCGCUGGUAGCGUUGGUCGCCACAGCGUUAUCCUCGUCCAUAUGGCCAACAUGGGCACGACAAGCGCUGCUGUGGCGGCUGCUAGCUGCCGAUGUAGCUUCCCAAAUAUCCGUCUUGCCCUUGUUGUGGGAGUCUGUGGUGGCGUUCCUUUCCCUUCUAACGGACGGGAGAUGAUGCUCGGAGAUGUUGUCGUCAGCGACGGUGUCAUCCAAUACGACCACGGUCGAAGGCUACCAAGCCAAUUCUUGAUAAAGGAUACCCUUUCUGACUCCUUGGGUCGCCCUAACACCGAAGUGCGCGCAUUGCUCUCCAAAUUAAAAGGCCUUCACAGCCGCAGAAGGAUGGAGAAGAAGCUUACUGAAUACCUAGACGUGCUCCGUCGAGAGCCAGAAUUAGCGGCAUAUCCCCCCAAAAAUACCCCAGACAAGCUGUUCGAAGCUGUGUAUCAUCAUGUUUCUCAGGACAUGUCCUGUGAACAGGCUGGAUGCAAUGGAGAAUUGGUGGAACGCGAUCGCGCGCAGCAAGACCAUCGUCCCGCCGUUCAUUUUGGGCUCAUGGCAUCUGCAAACUCGGUGAUGAAGUCUGCACAAGAUCGCGACGAGAUUGCCACUGCUACUAAGGCGAUUGCGUUUGAAAUGGAAGGUGCAGGUGUAUGGGACGUUUUUCCGUGCAUCGUGAUAAAAGGGGUCUGUGACUAUGCGGAUUCUCACAAGAACAAGGAGUGGCAGCGCUACGCAGCUGCUUCCGCUGCUUCAUGUGCAAAAGCGUUCCUUGAAUAUUGGAUCCCAUUGCCUGAUGUGUAA